AUGUUAAAGUGGACAGCCUCAGCACAAAAAUUACCACAAGAUACAACAGUUAACUCGCAGUCUAGCAACAGUAGUAUGGCAACAGCAAUGCCUACACCACGUUUAACUGAAGCUAAAAGGCGUAAACGCCGGGCUACCAUAGCCAACAAGGAAAAUAUACCCAUCUUAACUUCCACACCCAUGAUUACCAGAACACGCAACAGUCCUUUGGUGUUGGCUCCUUUGGCGGAUAUUUUAAAUGUUACCCCAGAAUCAGUAACCAGCCGCACCCCCGAAAGAAGACGGGUCUCUGUAAAUGUUUUCAACAACACCAAUGCCUCCACCAUUAGAAGACACUCUACCGUGGGUUUCGCCAUUCCCCAAAUACCACAAUAUGCCGCCACUUUACCCAACUACGAAGAGGAAUAUUCACCCAGCACUAUUUUGCCUACAGGCCAACAAUUGGCUUUGAGAGGUUUACUGCCUGAUCCGUUUAUGGGAAAUCCCCGAUACUUUACCACACCCCAGGUUAAUUUGGAGCAAGAGCAGGUGGCAAAACAAAAGUGCUCUUUACCCAAGAAACGCAAAUUGGAGCAGGAGUUUGUGGCCAUAGCCAAAGAGGAAGAGGAAAGCAAUGUUUUGGAGUCUACAACAUUAUUAGCCAAGCUUAACAAAAAGGAAUUAAACAAUACCGGCUUAAUGUCCAACAAAAUGGGCGACCAGACAUUGGAUCAUCUUAUCGAUGCCAUUUUGGAUUCAGCCUGCAAAGAUGAAAAGAAAAAGAAGCCACGCAAAUCCUUCAAUUUGAGGAGAAGAACUUUAUUGAAAAAUCAAGUAGAGCAACAUCAAGAUAUUAUGUUAUCACCCUCCUAUGCUGCGGGCGAUGAUCCCUGCAGUGAUUUGAGUUUUCUCAAUUGUGAGCCUUUUAACUCCAAAAAACCCUUUAGAGCAGUAACACCCAAACCAGCUUCACCCAUACAGCCAGCCACCCCCGAGCCAGCUACACCUCUGCCCGGAACUCCUUUAACCCAUAAACGUCUUUUACAAAUGGCUACUCCCAAAAAACGGAACGAUUCUUUCUCCUUGGAUACUCCAGUGCGUUCUCAGCUCAAAAGAAGAUCAGAGUCAAAUGCUAGAGAAAAUUCCAGUGCCAAGAAAUAUAAAGUAGAUUCCCGCAACUAUUUUGAAAUUGGUGUAGCUUUACCCUCAAUUUAUGUUUAG